UGCCUCCUCUCUAGGGCCAAGGCCUGGCUCAUCAGGGGUGCAAUGUGGGGACAGUUAUGUGGCCCCGGGCAGAGAGGUCCUCCUGUCUGUUGGCUGAAGGUGGAAAAACAACAGGAGGAGUAUUGAUUCAGCCUCACCUUGGCACUCCUGGCUCUGCAGCCUGUUUGUCCUGGCUGCCCAAGCUCGAAUUACGCAAGCUGGUGGGCGUGGAGUGAGCUAGCUGGUGACUGGGGGCCCUUGGGUCCAGGUAGGACAGGGCUCACACAGCCCCAAUGUGUCCCAGGAGACAGUGGAAGAUGAUCUAGCACCCCUGACCUUGGGCUGCCCACCUGUCUGGGCCACAGCAUAGAGGGAAGGGAGCCCACUCUGGUCCUCACCUCCCCAGAGCCCUUCCCAGUGAGGGUCACCCACUCCUUACCCCCAGGGGCUGUGCAGUUACCUCGCUGUGGCUGGGCUGGCUUUGCUAAACCAAGAAAGCCCAGGGAGUUGUGUGGGGUGCCUCAUAUUUGAGGGGUGAGGAAAUGAAAAGCCAACAUUUUCUUCCUUUACAAAAUAUACCCAGGUAGUUUGGAGACUAUACAAAGACACGGAGAAAUUACUCGUAAUUCUGAGCACCCCAAGAGAACCAUUGUUAACAUUUUCGCAUGUGUCCUUCCAGAUUUUGUUUUGUGGCUGUGUAUAAAUACACAUGUAUAAAUAGUUCUUUAAAAACAAAAUCGGAUUGUGUGUACAUCCUGCAGUAUAAACCUAUCUUUUCUACCUCUUUUCCCCCUUAAUUGUCCCUGAGUCUGAGUGACUCAGCCUUGGUAGACUCUGCGCCCAUCUUGUGUCUACCUGUAUGUGGGGUCCAUCUUUCCAUCAGUCCAGUUGACCUUGAGGGGCUGGGUUUCUUGGGGAGGCUCAUUCUCACCCCCUCCAGUUGCCCUUUGUGGUCUGCGUUGAGCUAGGAAGGGCUGGGAAGGGCAACUCUAGUGUGGGGCAGGUCCAGACCGACCCUCUGCUUCUCCCUUUUCUUCUCAGAGCCCCCAGGACAGCCUUCAUCCGCUCAGUUCAGCCCAGCCCGUCAUGGACCCAUACCCCCACCAGCCAACCACAGGCCAUAGGCAGUGAGCAGGCACUUGGGGGCCGAGGCCCUGUGACCAGGCCCAGGGGACAGGAGCUCCAGGGUCCCAGCCACCUGCCCCUGAUGGAGUUGAGGCCCUGGUUGCUAUGGGUAGUAGCAGCAGCAGGAGCCUUGGUCCUGCUGGCAGCUGAUGCCCAUGGCCAGGAGGUCUUCACCAACACAUGGGCUGUGCACAUCCCCGAAGGCCUGGCCGUGGCUGACAGUCUGGCACGCAAGCAUGGCUUCCUCAACCUGGGCCAGAUUGUUGGUGACUAUUACCACUUCUGGCAUCGAGCAGUGACAAAGCGGUCCCUGUCGCCUCACCGCCUGCGGCACAGCCGGCUGCAGAGGGAGCCUCAAGUCCGAUGGCUGGAGCAGCAGGUGGCAAAGCGGAGGACCAAAAGGGAUGUGUACCUGGAGCCCACGGACCCCAAGUUUCCCCAGCAGUGGUACCUGUCUGGCAUCCCCCAGCGGGACCUGAACGUGAAGGAGGCCUGGGCACAGGGCUACACGGGGCACGGCAUUGUGGUCUCCAUCCUGGACGACGGCAUUGAGAAGAACCACCCGGACCUGGCAGGCAAUUAUGACCCUGGAGCCAGCUUCGAUGUAAACGACCAGGACCCUGACCCCCAGCCGCGGUACACACAGAUGAAUGACAACCGGCAUGGCACCCGGUGUGCUGGUGAGGUGGCCGCAGUGGCCAACAACGGUGUCUGCGGUGUAGGUGUGGCCUUCAAUGCCCGCAUUGGAGGGGUACGCAUGCUGGAUGGCGAGGUGACUGAUGCGGUGGAGGCACGCUCACUGGGCCUGAACCCCAACCACAUCCACAUCUACAGCGCCAGCUGGGGCCCUGAGGAUGACGGCAAGACAGUGGAUGGGCCGGCCCGCCUCGCUGAGGAGGCCUUCAGCCGGGGGGUCAACCAGGGCCGCCAGGGACUGGGCUCCAUCUUUGUCUGGGCCUCGGGGAACGGGGGCCGGGAACACGACAGCUGCAACUGCGACGGCUACACCAACAGCAUCUACACGCUGUCCAUCAGCAGCGCCACCCAGUUCGGCAACGUGCCCUGGUACAGCGAGGCCUGCUCGUCCACGCUGGCCACCACCUACAGCAGCGGCAACCAGAACGAGAAGCAGAUCGUAACCACUGACUUGCGGCAGAAGUGCACAGAGUCGCACACAGGCACCUCAGCCUCAGCCCCCUUGGCAGCUGGCAUCAUCGCUCUCACCCUGGAGGCCAAUAAGAACCUCACCUGGAGAGACAUGCAGCACCUGGUGGUACAGACCUCAAAGCCGGCCCACCUCAGUGCUGACGAUUGGGCCACCAACGGGGUGGGCCGGAGAGUGAGCCACUCCUAUGGCUAUGGGCUACUGGACGCAGGCGCCAUGGUGGCCCUGGCCCAGAACUGGACGACCGUGGCCCCCCAGAGGAAGUGCAUCAUCGACAUCCUCACAGAACCCAAGGACAUCGGGAAGCGGCUCGAAGUGCGGAAGACUGUGACCGCGUGCCUCGGGGAGCCCAACCACAUCACCCGGCUGGAGCACGCUCAGGCCAGGCUCACCCUGUCCUAUAAUCGCCGUGGCGAUCUGGCCAUCCACUUGGUCAGCCCCAUGGGCACCCGCUCCACCCUGCUGGCUGCCAGGCCACACGACUACUCCGCAGAUGGAUUUAAUGACUGGGCCUUCAUGACGACCCACGCCUGGGAUGAGAACCCCGCUGGCGAGUGGGUCCUGGAGAUCGAAAACACCAGUGAAGCCAACAACUAUGGGACGCUGACCAAGUUUCUCCUUGUGCUGUAUGGCACAGCCCCGGAGGGGCUGCCCGCACCCCCCGAGAGCAGCGGCUGCAAGACCCUCACGUCCAGCCAGGCCUGUGUGGUGUGUGAAGAAGGCUUCUCUCUGCACCAGAAGAGCUGCGUCCAGCACUGCCCACCAGGCUUCACUCCCCACGUCCUCAACACGCACUAUAGCACAGAGAACGACGUGGAAACCAUCCGAGCCAGCGUCUGCACCCCCUGCCACAACUCAUGUGCCACAUGCCAGGGGCUGGCCCCCACAGACUGCCUCAGCUGCCCCAGCCACGCCUCCCUGGACCCUGUGACACAAACAUGCUCCCGGCAAAGCCAGAGCAGCCGGGAGUCCCCGGCGCAGCAGCUGCCCCCACCCUCCCCGGAGGUGGAGACGGAGCCCCAGCGGGCGGGCCUGCUGCCCUCCCACCUGCCCGAGGUGGUGGCCGGCCUCAGCUGCGCCUUCAUUGUGCUGGUCUUCGUCACUGUCUUCCUGGUCCUGCAGCUGCGCUCUGGCUUAAGCUUCCGUGGGGUGAAGGUGUACACCAUGGACCGGGGCCUCAUCUCCUACAAGGGGCUACCGCCCGAAGCCUGGCAGGAGGAGUGCCCAUCGGACUCAGAGGAGGACGAGGGCCGGGGCGAGAGGACUGCCUUCAUCAAAGACCAGAGCGUCCUUUGACGAGCGCCCACUGCCCAUCCCGCAAGCCGACCCCCUUCUUGGGCACUUUUUAAUUCACCAAAGUAUUUUUUUAUCUUGGGACUGGGCUUGGGACCCCCAGGUGGGAGGCAAGUGGGGGGGCAGACUGCUUCACACAACACUUGGCUGUCUGCAGUGGGGUCCCAGGACUUGGGGGGUGGGGGUGGCGGGAGCAGCCUCUUGCCCACCCUCAGCAGCCCUGGUGUGGAGAAUGGCAUGAAAGCUGAGGGGCAGCUUUCCAAGGCCCAGGCCAGCAGGCGAUCCUGUGGAGUGAAGAGGCAUGGCCCUUUUCUCUGGGGUGCCCGGCCCCGGCCGCAGCCCGGGCUGUGCUCCUCCGAAGCAAUAAUGGUCCUCAUCUUGGCAACAGGGAGGUGGGCCUACGGGGUACGAGAAGAAGGAGGAGGUCAUGUCUCCAAGGGCUUUGCAUCCCAACCCAUUCCCCUGUGUGAUGAGCCUCCAGCAGAAGUGUUUAUCAUAGGAAGGGACCAUGGCAAGCAGGUGCUGCCAACGUGUGCACGGGCGCCUGUGCCCUGCCGCACUGAUGCCUCCACAGCUGGCCAGCCAGGCUGAGCAGGGUUGGCCAGCCCAGGCUGGCACUCCAGCCGAGCCCCCCUCCCACCUUCGCCUCCAGCCAGGGCCCAAGUCCCUGUUUUCUGAGCCCGGGGCUGCCUGGGCUGUUGGCACUCACAGUCCUGGAGCCCCUGGGUGGGUGGUGGGGAGGGACAGCGGCCUAGGAGGGUCGUCCCCCCCACCUUCCACCCAAUGCUGCUUUCCCCUGUGGGGAUCUCAGGGGCUGUUUGAGGAUAUAUUUUCACUCUGUGAUGAUUUCACUUAAAGAUGCUGAUUUUUUGGGGGGGUAUUUUUUAUUGGGGGGUAGCUGCUGGACCACCCACUUUCCCACACCUACUGCCCCCCUGCUCUUCCCCAGGCUGCCCCAGCCUGCGGUAUCGGGCUGCAGCGUCUUGCUGAGGUAGCUGAGCCCCGAGACCGGAAACGACAGGCUGACUGCGUGGGCCCUAGGAAAGGGUUACUGCGGGUGAGGGGGGGCGGAGGGGGGGCAGGCUGUCAUCUGUGUUUCACAUGGGGCUCACCGUGCCAAGGGCUCAUGGGUCAUUGGUUCUAGUACCAGGGGUGGCUGGGCGGUGGCACUGCACCCCCCUGACACUGUGCCCUGGAAGAAAGCAUUGACCUGUCAUGCCCCCCACACUCUCCUCUUUGACGUGCCUUUUGCACCCCUCCCAUUAGGACAAUCAGUCCCCUCCCAUCUGGGAGCUCCCUUUUCUCUCCCAUUGCCCCUCCUGGCACCCAGCCACCUGCCCAGGGGUGCUCCUUCUCCCACCCUCCACUGUCCCCUGUGGCCAGCCCAGCUGGUUUUGUAAGAUACUGGGUUGGUGCACAGUGAUUUUUUUUCUUGUAAUUUAAACAGGCCCAGCAUUGUUGGAUUCUAUUUAAUGGACACGAGAUAAUGUUAGAGGUUUUAAAGUGAUUAAAUGUGCAGACUAUGCAAACCAG